UGGACUCAAAUAAAAAGGUUACUUUUGAAAAUAAUUGGGGAUAUAUCUGUAAUUCAAUUACUUGUAACACUUGCUGCAGCACCAGCACCAGAUCUUUUUGAAGCAGCGAUGAGCCAGGUGAAAGAGACUUCAAAGUCCUUUACAUCUCUUCUCUUGUCCCUCAUGCGCACUGCCCACUGGGACAUUGCUGCUGCUGUCCGCUCCAUUGAAGCCGCUGCUGCGACCACUGAAAAUAACGCUAUCAACAACCACACUACCGCCAUCGCCACCACCAUUGUAACCCACCACGCCAAGUAUGCUCUGGAGUCCUAUAUUUCUCAAAAAAUCUUCCAGGGCUUCGACCACGAGACCUUCUACAUGGAUGGUAGCCUCUCCUCGCUUCUAAAUCCAGACCAGUUCCGCCGUGACUGCUUUACUCAGUACCGAGACAUGAAAGCAAUGGACCCUAUUGAGCUUCUUGGAAUCUUGCCAACUUGUCACUUUGGCAAAUUCUGCUUCAGGAAGUAUGUUGCCAUUGUUCAUCCAAAAAUGGAGCAGUCAUUGUUUGGAAACUUGGAGCAGAGACAGCAAGUAUUGGCUGGUAGCCAUCCAAGGAGUCAGUUUUAUGGUGAGUUCUUGGGGCUAGCCAAAGCUAUUUGGUUGCUUCACUUGCUGGCAUUCUCACUCGACCCUGCACCAAAUCAGUUUGAGGCAUCUAGGGGAGCUGAGUUUCAUCCACGAUAUAUGGAGAGUGUAGUGAAAUUUUCUAGUGGCCGAAUUCCAGCUGGUCAGAUUGUGGGGUUCCCUGUUAGUCCUGGGUUCAAGCUUGGAAAUGGAUCAGUCAUCAAGGCUAGGGUUUAUCUAGUGCCCAGGACAUGAGUUUUUUCGGAUUUCGGUUGAUGAAUGUAAUUUCUGUGCGGUAGUAUGUAAUGGACAAUUUGGCUAUAGGGAUGAUAGGUUACGGAUGCUAAGCAGCGUGUUGUUUUGUUGGGGAUGGGAUUCGCGGCCUGCUGUCAAAAUCCACAAGGCUAUUUCGAACAUAUUAUACAUCCAUCAAGUUUGUUUGUGUUCUACACUUCCAAGCCUCUGAAAAAACAUUCGUGCUUCAGGAAGUAUGAUUAUUGCUUGAAACAAUAGCAGUUCAGAUUCAAGAUUCGUCUA